CUACGAUAGGAGUAUAAAGUGUCCUCAGAUUAACGAGUCUCAUCUUAUGCGGCUUUUUAUGUCAGGAAAGGUUUAUUUUUUUCGUCUGCUAAAGUUAAAUUGUAAUAAAGUAGCAAGUUUGAAAAAUUUGUUACCAUCAAAUUAUGAAAUGCGUAGUUUUCCCCGAUAAAUUUUAAUUUUUACUAAAUUUGCUUUAACAUAUUAAUGAAUGCUAAAUUUAAAAUUUGAUAUUGUACAAGUGACUGAAAGAUGGCUGUUAAAGUCCAAGAAUCCUUGUUUUCCAAAUAUAUAAGGAUAUUUGUUGUUGUGUCCUGUUACUGGUUUGUUUCAAUAUCAUUAGUCUUUGUGAACAAAUACCUUCUAAGCAGUGACCACUUUAAGAUCAAUGCUCCACUUUUUGUGACUUGUUUUCAAUGUGUAGUUACUGUAGCAUUAUGUGCUGUGUUGAGUUUCAUGGCAGCAGUUGUUCCAUCUCUAAUAUCUUUCCCCUCAGUUAAAAUAAACAUCAGUAUUUUACGAGCAGUGCUUCCUUUGUCUUUUAUUUUUGUGGCCAUGAUCACAUUCAAUAACCUGUGCCUUAAAUACGUAGGUGUUCCAUUCUACUAUAUAGGCAGAUCCUUAACAACUGUUUUCAAUGUGAUAUUGACAUUUACUGUGCUGCAUCAAAAAGUAUCUUUUCAAUCUAUUAUGUGCUGUGUAUUCAUCAUUUUUGGAUUUGCUUUAGGUGUGAAUGAAGAAGGAACAGCUGGCUCUCUGUCUAUAGAAGGUGUACUUUAUGGAGUUUCUGCUAGCUUCUUUGUUUCUCUGUAUUCCAUUUACAUGAAGAAGAUUCUUCCAGUUGUUGAUGGGAGCAUUUGGGCUUUGACAUUUUAUAACAAUAUCAAUGCCAUUAUAUUGUUUAUUCCUCUGAUGAUAGUCUUUGGCGAGAUGUCCAGCAUUUUUGAUUUUGAAUUAUUGACUGACUCUUACUUUUGGACCUUAAUGACUAUUGGAGGCACAUUUGGAUUUGCCAUAGGAUAUGUUACAGGACUUCAAAUUAAGGUAACUUCACCACUGACACAUAACAUCAGUGGAACAGCCAAAGCCUGUGCACAGACAGUUGUCGCAGUAAUGUGGUUCAACGAGAAGAAAUCUACCCUUUGGUGGCUCAGUAACUCCAUCGUUCUUCUUGGUUCUGCUGCUUACACUAGAGUUCGCCAAUUAGAAAUGAUGGCAGACCAUCAAAAAGCAAAACAAAGGCGAGAUAUUGAGAGCAACAUUGGAGAGAAAUCUUCUAUAAAGGACUAAUAUUUGUUUAAUACACUCUUUUUAUACAUUUUUCAUGUGUACAGAUUUAUAAGAAAAUAAAAUUAAUGGUGUUUCUGGUCAUUCCCCUAAAUACCAUAGGACUGAAUCUUCACUGAAAAAUGCAAGCCCAAAUCUGAUUUUCAAAUGGUCAAAGUUCAAGAACAGUUCAUCCUACUUUCUACAGAAAUUUGAAAAAAAAUUUGUAACUCUAAAAUUGUCUGGAUAUUUUUAAUUAUAUUACAUGCAUUCAAAAUGGAAUUGAAUGUAAGUAGAACAUAAAACUAAUAAAGAUAAAUUGUUCAUAUGAUAAGUACUUUGUUAAAUAUAUAAA